GCAAGCGACUUGUCUUAUUGUUAGAUACGCUGUGGUAACGUCAGUAACGUGCGAGAGUGGAAAGUGAGCGAAGAUCGCAGCUGUAUGUAUCACGACGCGAGAUUAGCUCGUUCAAAAAUGUGGUCGUUGAUGAUCGUGACAGCCUUGGCAUUGAGUAGUGUUACAGCGGAGACAAUAAACCUACCAAAUAACAAUACCAACUGGCAAUACAGUUUUGAAGUGGAUUACGAAAACAAUCAGUUUUUAUUAGAUGGGAAACCUUUCCGAUAUGUUUCUGGUAGUUUUCAUUACUUUCGGGCACCGAGACAAUAUUGGAGGGAUCGUUUAAAAAAAAUACGAGCUGCAGGGCUUAAUGCUGUUUCCACUUACGUCGAAUGGAGCCUACACGAACCAGAACCAGGUCAAUUUAACUGGGUCGGCGAUGCAGAUCUAGUAGAAUUCUUAAAUAUUGCGCAAGAAGAAGAUUUGCUUGUAUUGUUGCGACCGGGACCGUAUAUUUGCGCGGAAAGAGAUUUGGGUGGUUUACCAUACUGGUUGCUUCGUGAGGUGCCAAAUAUAAGAUUACGUACCAAAGACGCAGCUUUUAUAAGAUAUGCUACAUCGUAUCUGAAUCAGGUGUUAGAAAAAGUAAAAUCACUUUUAAGAGGCAAUGGGGGACCAAUAAUUAUGGUUCAGAUAGAAAACGAAUAUGGAAGUUAUAAUGCUUGCGACACGGAAUACACGGACAUGUUAAAAGAUAUUUUUGUUGAAAAAAUCGGCAAUAAGGCUCUUCUUUAUACUACUGACGGUGCAUCCGCGUCUCUACUUCGUUGCGGUUUUGUACCCGGUGCGUACGCCACCGUCGACUUUGGAACAUCUGUUAACGUGACAAACAGUUUCCAGUCCAUGCGUCUUUAUCAGCCUAGAGGUCCACUAGUGAAUUCUGAAUUUUAUCCAGGAUGGUUAACGCACUGGGGAGAAUCCUUUCAAAGAGUAAAAACCGAAGCUAUUACUAAGACAUUGAAGGAAAUGCUUGAUUUAGGCGCUUCUGUUAAUUUUUACAUGUUCUAUGGCGGUACAAAUUUCGGCUUUACUUCUGGUGCUAAUGGCGGUGCAAAUGCAUAUAAUCCGCAGUUGACUUCUUAUGAUUAUGACGCUCCUUUGACCGAAGCGGGAGAUCCGACAGAUAAAUACUUUGCUAUAAGAGAUGUUAUUAGUUACUAUCUACCAUUGCCAAACAUGUCUCUUCCAACCGCAUCUCCGAAAGGCAAUUACGGUCCAAUAUCAUUAGAACCGAUUCAAAAAUUGCUCGACCGUCUAUCACCAUUUGUGGUCAUCCGAGUAACUAAUGAUUAUCCCGUAACCUUCGAGGCUCUUUCUGUGAAUCAAGGUUUUGUACUUUAUGAGACGCAAUUAUCUUCUUCUAUUUCGGAUCCAGCUAUAUUGCGAGCAAUAACAAAAGACAGAGCGCUGGUUUACGUAGACGAUCGAUUAUGUGGCACUCUGAGUCGCAUUGAUAAGAUAUUUACUCUGCCUCUGGAGAAUCCUUACGGUCGUCGUUUGAGUCUAUUAGUGGAAAAUCAAGGACGUCUAAACUUUGGCAAUGAAAUUCACGAUUUUAAGGGUAUAUCGAACGUAACAAUCAACGGAAUUUCGUUGUACAACUGGAAUAUAACAGGAUAUGUUUUUUCUAAUAUGUCCCCACUUCGCAACUUGACGAGCAUAGAAAUUAAUAGCGGGACUUUAAACAAUGGUCCGGUAUUCUUGCGAGGACGGUUCACGAUCAGUGGGCAACCGUUAGACACAUAUCUAGAUACAACUGGAUGGGGAAAGGGAGUAGCUUUUAUAAAUGGUCAUAAUCUCGGUAGAUAUUGGCCGUUGGUCGGUCCGCAAAUCACUUUGUAUGUACCAGCUCCUUAUCUUCGUACGGGCGAGAAUGAAUUAAUUAUAUUAGAACUAGAAUAUGUAUCGCAGAUGAGAAAAAUGAGAUUUCAGUCUGUACCUAACUUGGGAUUUGCAACACAGAAUUUACAUGAUCCAAUGGUUAAAAAUAAUUAACUUUUCUUAAUUUAUGUACAAGCGGUCUCAAAGACAACAAUAUAAAAUUAACAAAAUAUUA